GUAUUCUAAUUGGUGCAUGAACACUAGGGAAAGUGUUUUUAGAUUCUCUGUUACAAUAUGUUCAUGCAACAAAAACAAAAAAAUUGAAAUAAAAUGGGGAAUGGGGAAGAUUAGGAAGAGAGAGAGAGAAGCAGUAAAGAGUUGUAUGUAGAGUAGAGGGAACUUCUCUAGCUAGGAUUUAUCAUUUGAAGAUUUGUGAAAAUGGGGUUUAUAGAGCUAUUGUAUGUUGCUUCUUUGCCAGUGAUAAAAGUGUUACUGAUUACUGCACUUGGUUUGUUUCUUGCAAUUGAUCAAGUAGAUGUUUUGGGAGCAGAUGCAAGAAAGAGAAUGAAUAAUCUUGUAUUUUAUGUGUUUAAUCCAUCACUAGUGGGAAGCAAUUUGGCAGAAACAUUAACCUCUGAGAAUGUUCUUACUUUGUGGUUCAUGCCAGUGAAUAUUCUUAGCACAUUCAUAUUAGGCUCAGCCUUAGCUUGGAUUGUGAUUAAGAUCACAAGGCCUCCAAAGCACUUGCAAGGUUUAAUAUUAGGUUGCUGUUCUGCAGGAAAUUUAGGAAACUUGCCUAUAAUCAUUAUUCCAGCUAUAUGUAAGGAGAAAGGAAGUCCUUUUGGAGAUCCUGAUCUCUGCCAUAAAUAUGGGAUGGCUUAUGUUUCACUUUCUAUGGCGAUUGGAGCAGUUUUUUUAUGGACAUAUGUUUACAAUAUAAUGAGGAUUUCUUCAAGUAGAGCAAAAUUGAUGGAGAUAUCAGAAUCACAGCCAGAAACAAUUGACUCUGCAAAAGAUGCAUAUACUUUACUGCUUCCAAAUACAGAAUUUGAGGAAAAGGUUUCGUUCUCAGAUAAAAUUAAGCUACAGUUGAGGAAGAUUUUAAGAAACCUCAAUUUCAAAACCAUUUUUGCACCAUCAACCAUUGGAGCAAUUACUGGCUUUUGCAUUGGUGUAAUCUCACCAAUACGUAAGUUAAUGAUUGGCAAUAGUGCUCCAUUUCAUGUGAUUGAAGACUCUGCAUCCAUGUUAGGUGAAGCUUCCAUCCCAGCUGUCACCCUCAUAUUGGGUGCAAACCUCCUUAAAGGGUUGAAGGGAACAAGUACUCCAGUGUGGACAAUUGUGGGAAUUGUAGUAGUAAGAUAUAUUUUUCUACCAAUUUUGGGUGUUGUUGUGGUUCAAAGUGCAAUAAAUUUGGGUUUAGUGCAAAAAGAUCCCUUAUAUCAAUUUGUCCUUCUACUUCAAUAUGCAGUUCCGCCAGCUAUGAAUAUAGGAACUAUGGCUCAGUUGUUUGGAUCUGGGGAAAGUGAAUGCUCAGUUAUCAUGCUAUGGUCAUACGGUUUGGCCUCAAUUGCAGUUACCCUUUGGUCUACCUACUUUAUGUGGCUAGUUGCCUGAUUUUGUACUCACAGACAUGGUCAUUAUUAUUUGAUUUUUAUUGAUUAAUAAUAUUUGAGUUUAAUUUUAUA